AGUCAAUAUGACAGAUCCAAUUUGUUUUUAACAAACAGCAUAACAUUAAUGUCAAAAUUUCCAACAAUUUUGAAUAAUAUUGUGAAUUAAUGACAAAUAACUUAUUGAAUUAUUGCAUAAAGCAAGAAAAUGUGGAAUCGUCGGAAAAUCCAAACAUUUGCUCAGCGUCCAAAAUUCCUCGACCACCCAAUGCAUUCAUGUUAUAUGCAACGGAAAAUAGAAAAGUCAUGUCUCAUAAAUAUCCCGCCGAUUCCAAUAAAGUCAUCAGCAAGAAAUUGGGCAGUAAUUGGAAAAAUUUGGGCGCCGAAGAGAAAAAUAAGUAUUUUGAGAAAGCUCGACUUAUCGCGUUGGAACACAAAGAAAAAUAUCCACAUUACGUGUACAAUCCGAAGGAAGCCCGAUUGCGGAAAGCGAUGCGAGAGGCGGCUAGCCGGGACCGGUCGAUCGGGGCUUCCCCGAUGCUCCCACGUCCUAAUGCCCGCAGAGCCGGUGCCGCUUGGGGGACUCCAGGACCAGCUGCGACGGUUGGAGGUGUAGGUAGCAUUAAUUCGGCGCCGCAUGGUCCCCAUGAAGAACCGCUUAUAAUAUCUCCUCUCAAUCAAGGCAUGCGCGGCCCAGGUCUGGACUCGCCCUGCUUUCCGAUGUCCAAUACUGGUAUCAACGGAAGCGAGCAAUUCAUGUCACCGUCGAUGGGCCCCGCUGCUAGCGCAGCAGCCGCCGGCGGCUACACCGCCAAAAUGCAUCAGGAUUCACCCCUACCGCCACCUCCUGCACCCACACCGGUGGUCCACCCCUCAUAUAUGCAGACCAAUCCACUUACCCAACUUCAACAACAAACCGAAAUGUGGCAUAAUUACCAAGAAGAUUUAAGGCCAAGAUCAUCAGGUAACCCUUACAUGAUGCAAGACAUCCAAUCACCUUACCAUCAUCACCAGCCAUCUCCGCCGCUCAGCAUACCCAGUCCAAUGAUGUUGGAUCAGCACCGCCAUACACCAAUAAGUCAUCCCAUCCACUCCAUAAAUUCUAUUCCUAUGCCAAUGACACCUCCACAUUCGAGUUCAAUAAUGUCGAUGACGCCACCGCAUUCAAACGAGAAUAUUCCUCCUGACGACCAAUUCCAUUUGAAAGAAAAAGUUGGAUCUGACGAUGGAGAAUCGAAACACCAGAUGGAAUCCACGCAGCCUCUCAUGGAGAAUAAUAUCCAGCACCAAAGCGAAUACGGUAAUCACGUGUAUGGGCCAAGUGUGAAUGUCAAUCACCAGCAACAAAAUCAUAGACAGGAAUUUGAGAAAUUGGAAGAUAUGAAAAUGAAAAGGGUCCCUUAUUGCAUUUGCCAGAAAAAUAUUUCAUGCAAAAAUACGCUGUACCUUCCCCUAUCCUGCACCAAUUUUUGCGCCUCUCCCGAUUUGUAUACCAACAAUUUGGGGUACCAAAGAGAGUAUAUUGCAAAAUACUUUCACAGUCUUCCUGAGUAUGAAGUUCACAAUCUACGAGCAGAAGAUGGCCUUUGUUUCCCGUACGCUUCAAGAAUAAAUUUUUGCGACGAUUACAACUUUAUAGCAGAGGAUUGUCCACAGCUGAGUUUCUUGAAAACCGAUGUUGGGUUUAUACCUUUAACUUUUGAUGCUAACUAUUCUGAUUAUUGGUCGAAAUUUAAACGUUAGCAGACCGAUUUUACUGAUAUUGAUUAAUAGAAUGGAUGAAUCUUUAUUAUUUAAUUUGUUUAUGGAAUGAUUGAUUUUUGGUUUUUACUGAAUAUGAAAAUUUAAAAGGAAUUUUUUGUUGAUUUUAUUCUCCUAUUCUUUAAUGUCUCAAAUAGGAAAAUAUAAAAAUAAAUAAAAAAUAUUCUGUU